CAUUGCACUACAGCAGUUAAUCGAUUUCUUUCAAAUUCACGCUAUUUGAUUAUAAAACAAAGUAAAUACGAUCAAUUAUCUAUAUACGCAAUGAACAGCAUCGGAGAAGAGUGCACUGAGCUUAAGAAGAAAUAUGACGAUUGCUUUAAUUCUUGGUUUUCGGACAGAUUUCUGAAGGGCGACCACGAUGAUUCGAUGUGCGCCGGAAUAUUCAAGAUUUAUCAAGAAUGUGUUAAGAACGCUAUGAAGGCGCACAACAUCGAUUUUAAAGAAAUUGAUAAAGAUGUCCUAGGCACAGAGUUCGAGUUCAAAGCACCGCCACCGGGCAGCAGUUGACAGAUGUAUUGUUACAUUUGUGGUUUGAGUUCCAUGACAUGUUGGAAACCACAAAAGCCACAACAACAAAUGAAGUACAAUGUGAAUAAAUACCUCACUAGUUUGAGAACAAUGUUUGGUUGUUCCUGGUCGUAAAGUUUUAACUACACUAGUUACAGUAAUAUAAAAGAAAUAUGUAUGUAAAAUGAAAAUCCAUAUUUACUUCUUAUUUAAGUGCCACCAGUAGGUAGAAAAGUUAUUGAUGUACUUAGAGCAUACACCAUUUUUUAAUACUGUUAAAAAUGCUUAUUAAUUGCAUUUUGUGGCAUAUCAUGUUUAAGCACAUAAUCGUUAGAAUGUAUGUUUAUGUAAAUAGACAAUAGAUACUACAAAUUUUAUUUAAUAAAUUGAUUUAUUUUGAAAA